CAGGCGCCUGGGCCAACAACUACCGGCAGAAGUACAAGAGCAUGGCCGAGACUGUGUCCCCCGCCUUCCCCCAGCCGCCAGACUCCAGCCCCCUCCACCUGGACAUCCGCCUGACCCAGAUCGACAUCGUGGACGUGGACAAGGAGAAGAGCCUGGUGACCCUGAUCGUGAGGAAGCGAGAGUACUGGAUCAUCGACGAGAUGGCCUUCGACCGAGCCGCCCUCAACAUGUCCAGUGUCACCCUGACCAGCACCGACAUUUGGACUCCGGACACCACCUUCUUCAACGCCGCCGGGCCUGAGCACGUCAUCAACCGUGAGGUGGUUCUCUUCCACAAGGGAGUCUUUCUGUCCGUGCGGAGAAUCCAGGUGCCCAUCCUGUGUGACGUCAGCGAGGUGAACACGUACACUGGCGCCACCUGCCACCUCCAGGCCGGCUCCUUCGGGCUGGGCAAUGAGCUGAUCCGUCUGAUGGAGCCCAGAGACAACUGGUCCUUCCUGCUCCGCUCUGCCCUGGCCGGAGACUCCGACUACGAGGUUCUGUCGGGUCACGUGGUCAGAUCGCAGGAGGAGUACGCUUCCGGUGACCCCGAGCAGUUCUACUACGACGCUCUGACCUUCACCUUCACCUUCAGAAGCAAGUACGGUCACUAGUCCCCUUGUUCUGUGGGAUUCUUGACGAGCUGAAUCAUGAUGAGAUUUCUCGGCCGGCCUCUUUUGCUGGCGGAGUUCUUUGGUCCAUUUGUCUCGCCUAAUACAGAAAAUACCUACCGAAAUAACAAUGGCAUAGGAUGUUACUUGUUUUGUUUUGGCUUAGCUGACAAUAUGGCGAACUCUCCUUAGCUCAAGGAGAUUCUAGAACUGUUGUGUCCAAUACGAAAAUAGAAGUUCUCUUCUGAUCAAUCUAAUAAACGGAGCUUGUAUUUUUUUCCACUGA